AUGGAAGGUGGCGUCCGGACGUCGUGGAUGAAAUAUGGGUCUGCAGUGUCAUUAUUUGUGGUACUUCUUGCCUAUUGGGUUCGCUUACCAAGCAAUGAAGUACUGGACGAGCGGCUGGACAUCGUGUUGUCGUCGCUGCUCCGUGCAGAGAGCAAAGUUGGAAUGAAUCAAGUCGCUCGACCGAAGGUGGCAAUUGGUUUCGGAGGCUGCGUGGACCUUCUCGUGGACGGUGUGUCGCUUCUCAACAAAAUCGGCCUGGCACCGGCCGACCAGCCCCUCCAUCAUGACUACAUCGAAAAUGCCGAGCAGCUGUCUCAGAGCUUCGCCUACUUCUUUGCUCCGGGCGCUGCAGCAGAGCGCUUUGUCCUGAAUGAGACGCUCUUCAGCGAGCUGGUAGAAGCGUCCCGUGACUUGCCCGGAAACAGAUGGUCGGUAGGCGGCAACGCACCCGUCAUGGCUGGCCGCAUGGCCACAGAGGGAUGCGAUGUGUUGCUCGGGGGAAGCUUCAGCCCGGACUUCACUGACGUUCUAUCGCAACACAUCACCGUUGCAGGCAAUAUUGUAGAAGAGCCAGACAUUCAUCUCAUCUUGGAGUAUCCAUCUGGUGCCACGUGGGGGCAGUAUUCCUCACGUAGAGCCAACAGGUACAUUGUCCACAGUGAUGACCACAACCCUUACCUGGCAUCCAUGGAAGAGUUUACCAAGAAGCUCAAAGACUUUAAUCCUGACCUUCUGGUUGUGGGCGGCUUGCAAAUGAUGGACAAUUUUCCUUUCCAGUCAGGCGAGCGUGCUGCUCUGCUUUCCCGUCUCGCCGAAGUGCUGGCCACCUCCUCUCCCACGCUCGGUGUACAUUUUGAGAUGGCAAGUUUUGUGGAGGAGAGCAUCAUGGAAGACUUGCUUCGAUAUGUCAUCCCUCAAGCAGACUCUUUAGGAAUGAAUGAACAGGAGCUUCCCAACCUGCUGAGCCUCCUCAAAGGCUCCACCAUCACAGUGCUGUCCGACCCAAACCCUCGCGUCGCCACCGUCCUGGACCAGAUGAGGGAGGUCUACCGCAUGGUCAACCAGCGCCACAAAGACGCCGCGGGUCAAGGCGACGACGCCCAGACGCGCGGCAAGCCCCUGACCCGCCUCCACGUGCACACCUUGGCAUUUCAAGCCAUGAUCGUGACCCGGGGCUCCCAGUGGAAGAACACCAUGUCGGCCACCGCCAAGGCUUCACUUACGGCCAACCGUCACGUGUGCGGCUCCGACCACAUCGACCCCAGCAAGGCCCGACUCAUCAUGGACGAUUCGUUCUCCGUCAGCCGGCGGGAGGGCAGCCAGCGCAUCCCCCUGAAGGAGAGCCGGCCCGUCAGUUGCUGGGAGGAGGACGACUACGAGAUCUGCGUGGCGCCCGUGCUCGUGUGCACCGAGGUCUACCAGACGGCGGGCGGGGGGGACAACAUCUCGGCCGCCGGCCUGGUGCUGCAGAUCUAA